UCUCGUGUGUAAAAGUAGAUAUAAACUGUUCAGAUCAGAUGUGUGUUGAGCCAGUGCGGUUAACAGUGUAUGCACUUCUCAGACGUUUCACACACACUUAAAGCAACACGUCACUGUCACUAUAGCAACUCUAGCUGAAUUAAAGAUAAUAACCAAAGAUUAUAACCAAAGAUAAUAACCAAAGAUAAUAACCAAAGAUAAUAACCAAAGAUAAUAACCAAAGAUAAUAACCAGAGGAGGAGCUGUAACUGUAUAUACUGAAGAGAAAGACGGACAGAAACGGACAGAAGCAGAAAUGUCUGAUCAGUGUGAUCUGUGUCUGCUGGGACUGAUCAUUCUCUCUUCACUUCUCACAGGCACCAGUGGAGCGGAUUAUGAUCAUGUGUUCAUCAGUUCUGGUGUAAAUGUCCGUCUGUCCUGUAAUAAUGCUCUUUCUGACUGCAACUCAACUACAUGGAUCUACAGAAGAUUCAGACGUUCACGGACAGUUGAACUGAUUGCUGGAGGGAUAAAGAAUGAAGACACAGAGAGACAUGAGAGACUGAGUCUGGAGUCUGACUGCUCUCUGAACAUCAAGAACGUCACAGAAGAAGAUUAUGGAUUAUACAUCUGCCAACAAUAUGUGAACGGACAACAACAAGGAUCUGAUGCACGUGUUUUUCUGCAUGUUCUUCAUGUUUCAGUGUCUCCAUCAUCAUCUUCAUCAUCAUCAUCUUCAUCCUCACAGACUGAGAUCAGUCCAGGCCGCUCUGUGACUCUCUCCUGUCAGUUGUAUUCAUAUAUUAGAUACUCCUGUGAUUAUUGGGUUCGUUCUAAGGGAGUUGAGCUGUUGUGGGUGAAUCAGGCUGGUGUUGAUCUGAAGACAGACUCCAGAUAUAAGAUAUCAUCAUCAUCAUCAUCAUCAUCAUCAUCAUCAUCAUCACAUCCCUGUAACAUCACUCUGACUACAACACUCCUGAAUGAAGAUAACAACAGACAGUGGAGAUGUCAGCUUACUCACAGAAAUCAACUCCAGACGUCAGUCACAUACACUGUCAAGUAUUCAGUGUCUCCAUCAUCAUCAUCAUCUUCAUCAUCACAGACUGAGAUCAGUCCAGGCCGCUCUGUGACUCUCUCCUGUCAGUUGUAUUCUGUAUUCUCCUGUAAUUAUUGGGUCAGUUCUGAUGGAGUUGAGCUGUUGUGGGUGAAUCAGACUGGUGUUGAUCUGAAGACAGACUCCAGAUAUCAGAUAUCAUCAUCAUCAUCAUCAUCAUCAUCAUCAGAUCGAUAUCACUGUAUCAUCACUCUGACUACAACACUCCUGAAUGAAGAUAACAACAGAGAGUGGAGAUGUCAGCUUACUCGCAGAAAUCAACUCCAGACGUCAGUCACAUACACUGUCAAGUAUUCAGGUGUCUCCAUCAUCAUCACAGACUAAGGCAGCGAUGUCAUUCUGCAUGAUAAAUGAGAAGGAAGUGAAGACACCCAACAUCGCUUAGAGCACCUUUAAGGCUUUUAAUGGCAAGUUACCC